AUGGAUUUAUCAGAGCCCAAGUACUUGCCAUGGGAUCUAAUAAUAGAAAUAUUGGCGAUGUUGCCGGCGAAAACCCUUCUUAGAUUCAGAUGCGUUUGUAAAGCUUGGAGAUCUAUGAUCGAUUCGUCAGAUUUCAUCAAUAUGCAUCUUAAAGUUUACAAUACUAAUAAAAAUCGUAUAUUAGUGCAGGAGGCUUAUUGUGGCGGACGAUCAAGUACUUACGCAAUAUAUUGCACUAGUGGUAUAGGCCCCUUAAUUAAAAGUGCUCAAUUAUAUGAAACAUCUAUAUUUUACUCUCUCUAUGGUUGUUGUAAUGGGUUGAUGUUGGUGAGGCCGCAGUCGUCCUACCCGUGCUCUCGAACUCCCUUGAGACUGUGGAACCCGUCUAUUAGGAAGUCUUUGCUUCUUCCGCUUUGCCCUUUGGUCUCCGCAAGAUAUGCUCUUGGAUAUGCUCCUUCUUGUAAUGAUUAUAAAGUGGUUGCUUUUGAACUAGGAUUUAAAUCAAUAAGUGAUGUAGUAGAAGUACCCAUUGCUGUAUAUUCGCUCAACAAUCAUAGUUGGAAGAUAAAAACUAAAUCUGGGAUUUUUGUUGAAAUAUCAUGUUUUUAUAGGAUGGAAAGACGAAGUGUUUUCUGUCAAGGGGCUGUAUAUUGGGUUGGAGUUUAUUAUUCAUCUGAAGCUCUCUAUCGAUUCGACUUCGAUACUGAGGAACUUAGGUCUUUGGAAAUUCCGGAUACCCAGAAAAAUGGAAUUUGGAUUAGGAGUUAUGCUAUCCUCCUCGGUGACUCAAUUGCAGUUUGCAGCUUAUCUUUGCAAAGGACUCGCAUAUGGAUACUGAAAAAGGAUGGUGCAAAGGAGUCAUGGAGUUGUGUUUGUCAAUAUUUGGGUACGUAUGUGGAGAGCUUGGUGAUGAGCAAAGUAUCUAAAGGGCAGACUUUGACACCCCUUCCACAAAGAGAAACUGAUGAACUAAGAGAUGAUAAAUAUUUAAUCGGUCCAAAAUGA